AUGGCUCCCAUCGAAAAAUUAACGCCGCUGGCGCUGGCAGUACCCAAGAACGAGGAUUACAAUGAUUCCGUUGACUCUCCAUACAUGAUUGAGGUUGCUGAUGAAGGUGCUUCCAAGUUCACUAGAUUCAAGGAUUCUUUUAGGCGAAAGCAGGUGGAUGAAUCUCAAAAGGAUGAGAUUGGGCGUCAGAUGUCGAAAGCCAUCAGUCCGCGUCAUUUGAUACUCAUGGCUCUUGUUACAGGUAUUGGGACCGGUCUUUUAGUUGGUUCAGGACAAGUAUUGCACAAGUCUGGACCUUUGUUUCUUGUACUUGGUUUUGCAAUUGUCGGUUCGUAUUUGUAUCCAACUUUGCAAGCUGCUGGUGAAUUGGCUGUUAACUAUUCCGAUUUAUCUGGUGGAUACAACAAUUAUCCCAGAAGAUUCAUUGAUGAAUCCGUUGCAUUUGCUGUCACUUGGAAUUAUUGCAUUCAAUGGUUGUCGGUCAUUUCUAUCGAAUUGGUGACUGCUGCGAUUACUAUCUCGUAUUGGAACACAACCGUCAAUGCAGACGUCUGGGUCACAAUAUUCUAUGUAUUCAUUGUGGUGGUUAACUUUAUUGGAGCUUCGGGCUAUGGUGAAGCUGAGUUUAUAAUCGGGUCUUGCAAGAUUAUGAUGAUUGUUGGAUUUAUCAUCAUGGGUAUAGUUGUCAAUGUUGGUGGAGGUCCAGAACAUGAAUUUAUUGGAGGAAGAUAUUGGAGAGACCCUGGCUACUAUACCAACUUUAAGGGGUUAUGUUCGGUCUUUGUCACUGGUAGUUUUGCAUUUGGUCAAACGGAAUUUGUGGCCUUGAGUGCUAGUGAACAAUCGAAUCCAAGAAAAGCCAUUCCCGUUGCAACUAAGUUGGUUGCAUAUCGUAUUGUGAUUAUUAUGCUUGGUAGUUUGACCAUUGUUGGUUUGCUUGUUCCUUACACUUCUGACAGAUUGAUGGGCUCUGGUGGAGGUGGUUCACAUGCAUCACCUUAUGUUUUGGCUGCAGCAUUGCACGGAGUCAACGCAGUGCCCUCCAUUAUCAAUGCCGUUAUCUUAAUGUCAGUCACUUCUGUUGCAUCAUCUGCGUUGUAUUCAUCUUCAAGGACAUUGCAAUCAUUAUCAGAACAAGGGUUUGCUCCAAAGUGGUUCAACUACAUUGAUAGAAGUGGUAGACCGUUGCGUGCGUUGGGUGUAUGUGCCUUUUUCGGAUUGUUUUCGUACAUUGCAGCUUACAAGAAGCAAGAGACUGUUUUCAAUUGGUUGCUUGCUAUUUCUGGUUUAUCACAAAUCUUUACCUGGGGUGCAAUUUGUAUCUCUCACGUACGUUUCAGGGCUGCGUUGAAGUACAACAAUAUCUCGACCGAUUCUUUGGGAUACGUGGCCAAUACUGGUGUUAUUGGAUCAUACUAUGCCAUUAUUUGGUACUGCUUGGUCUUGAUUGCCCAAUUCUGGAUUGCAUUAUACCCAAAAGGUGAAGGUAAGCCUAAUGUGACUUCGUUUUUCCAAAAUUACCUUGGUGUUAUUGUGUUGUUGUUCUUUUACAUCUGCCACAAGUUAUGGACGCGUAAUUUGUCCUUCUAUGUUCCGCUUGCAGAUAUUGAUAUCAACAAGGAUAGAACUUUAUUCGACCAAGAGUUGUUGGAGAUUGAAAAGGAAGAAGAACGGGAAAGAUGGAAAAAGGCGCCAUUUUAUAAAAAGGUUUUGCAAUUACUAUUCUUCUAA